UCUCACAGGCUCUGCGCAGAAUCCGGGGAGACCAAGUGACGGAGAGCGCCCAGAGCUGGAGAGGGUGGGGCGACGUCCAAUACAGCCAGGGGUGGCUGUUGGUGACACCCUAGGGUGUCACCAUGAAGACCUUACUCCUCAAAGAUUCCUCACCUCACUGAGGUUUCACUUCUUAGACUCCUACUACCUGGAUACUGGUGACGCAGGUCCAUUUUUCACGUCCAUUUGUUGGGGGCUCCUAGAGCAGCCAAUCAGCGUCGCCGCGGUUCCGGUUAUAAAGUGCUCAACAGGCGCUGGAAACUCUAGAGCUCAACUCCAACGGAUUGCAGGGAUGGCGCCUCGAACCCUCCUCCUGCUGCUGUCGGGGGCCCUGGUCCUGACCGAGACCCGCGCGGGCUCGCACUCCCUGCGCUACUUCGAGAUCGGGGUGUCCCGGCCCGGACGCGGGGACUUGCGCUUCAUCUCCGUGGGCUACGUGGACGACACGCAGUUCGUGCGCUUCGUGCGCUUCGACGGCGACGCUGCGGAUCCCAGGAUGGAGCCGCGGGUGCGGUGGAUGGAGCGGGAGGAUCAGGAGUAUUGGGACAGAGAGACGCAGAAAGCCAAGAUCCGUGCACAGGUUUACGGAGGGAACCUGCAGACCCUGCGCGGCUACUACAACCAGAGCGAGGACGGUUCUCACACCAUCCAGGAGACUUAUGGCUGUGAAGUCGGCACGGAUGGGCGCUUCCUACGCGGUUUCCAGCAGUUGGCCUACGACGGGGAAGAUUACAUCGCCCUUUCUGAGGACCUGAGCUCCUGGUUCGCGGCAGACACAGCCGCUCAGAUCACACAGAGCAAGUGGGUGGAGGCUCGUGUGGCAGAGCAAUACAGGGCCUACCUGAAGGAGGAGUGCGUUGAGUGGCUCCGCAGAUACCUAAAGAACGGGAAGGAGACGCUGCAGCGUGCAGAUCCUCCAGAGACACAUGUGACGCACCAUCUCAUCUCCAGGGAAGAGGUCAUCCUGAGGUGCUGGGCCCUGGGCUUCUACCCUAAGGAGAUCUCCCUGACCUGGCAGCGGGAUGGGCAGGAGCUGACCCAAGACAUGGAGCUGGUGGAGACCAGGCCUGAUGGGAAUGGAACUUUCCAGAAGUGGGUGGCUGUGGUGGUGCCUCCAGGAGAGGAGCAGAAUUACAUGUGCCGUGUAGAACAUGAGGGGCUGCCUGAGCCCCUCACUCUGAGAUAAGGCAUGACGGUGCCCAGGGAUCUGACUCAACUCACCUGACAUGACAAGGAGAGAGCUGCGGUGUGUGGAAUUAGAGACAAGAUUUGUUGAUUUCGAGAACAUCUGCAUGCUCUGUCGCUGAUGAUUUCCAAGUGUGUCUCUGCUCCUGUUGGCACAGUGGGGAGCUGGGAAGAUCAGCUCAGCCUGCCCCACAGUCACUGUGACCCCUCGGCACCAGCUUCCCUGUGUCAGCAGAGGCGGGCGGAGCUGCGCUUCUCAUCCCUGUGCCAGCCUCGCGGGGCACUGAGCUGCUGCUUCUCACUUCCCUGCUGCACAGGAACUGUCCUCAAACCUCGCUCCAGCUAACUCUAUCUCUCUGUCGUUUGUGUAUUGCGACAUGAUCUCACUAUGUGGUUGAGGAUGGCCUGGAACUCAGGGAGCCUCCUGUCUCUGCAUUCCAAGUGCUGACAUUACAAGCAUGUACCACCAGAUCUGGCUGUAACUUCCUCUUCUAAUGGGCUGCUUGCUACCAACAGCUAAGCUGUACUAGCCUAUGGCAAACAAGUCUCACGCCCCUGUGCUUGAUGUAAACCAGCAGAGUUUCCUGGUAAAGAUGUAAAUGGAGGGGCUGGGGAUUUAGCUCAGCGGCAUAAACGCCUGCCUUGCAAGCAGGCAGUCGUGGGUUCGAUCCCUGGUACCGAUAAAAACGAAAAAGACAAAAAAAAAAAAAAAAAAUUAAAAGAUGUAAAUGGAAUGGAGGACUUUUGCCUGCUUGGUGCUGGCCUCAUUGGAACAUGGCUAACUGUCCACUGCUGAGUCAUGGUUAUGUAACCAGGCGCAGUGUAUGCCUACACUGACAACAGGGUCGUUUCCUCAGGGCUAUCCAGAAGUGUUCUUACAUGCUCCAGCUUUGAUGCAGUCUGAGUGCUUCCCCACAAGAACAUACAACUUUCAUGAACGGUGUUUCCUGCUUU